AUGACAUUUUCUAGGACAGAUGAGCCGGCAACAACCAUCACCAUCACCCACGACAGCAACAAUGGCAAUGCGAUGAUGGCAAACUGUUAUUAUGCAAACAAAUUACAUGGCGGAUAUUGCACUGUGGAAAAUAAACUCUCCGCUGCCAUCAACGCCAACGAACGGUUAAGCGCGACAUCGACACUUCUGCGCUGCGCCGCGGCCGACGCCUGCUGCGCCGCUGCCGACGACUUCACUUGA